UUUGGAGUUUUAUCAAGAAGGGGCAGGAUGGGAAGCUCUGCUGGAUGCUGGCGUUGUGAGGCACACCCCCCCUGACCUUUCUUCCAGCCAAAUAGCUCUGAUAAGUGGGCAGACCUUGAGCCUAGAGACCCACAGACACACUUGGACGAUUCCUACAGAAAUCAGUGAGGCAGUCUCCUCCCAGGGGCUUGGCGCCUGGCUCCAGAGGCGAGGCUGCUGGCCCGGAGGCUGACUGCCCAGUGCCACAGACAUGGCCAACGGGACCAAUGCCUCUGCCCCAUACUACAGCUAUGAAUACUACCUGGACUAUCUGGACCUCAUUCCUGUGGACGAGAAGAAGCUGAAAGCUCACAAACAUUCCAUCGUGAUCGCAUUCUGGGUGAGCCUGGCUGCCUUCGUGGUGCUCCUCUUCCUCAUCCUGCUCUACAUGUCCUGGUCUGGCUCCCCACACAGGAGGAAUGGCCCCAAGCACCACCAAACAUGCCCCUGGAGUCACAGCCUCAACCUCCACCUCUGCAUCCAGAAGUGCCUGCUGCGCCACAGGGAACCCCUGGGGACCUCACAGGCUCAGGUGAGCUCAGUGGAGCCAGGGAGCAGAACUGGCCCUGACCAGCCGCUACGACAGGAGAGCUCCUCCACCUUGCCCCUUGGGGUUUUCUAGGCCCACCCCACUCUCCUCUGGGAACUGACCCUCAAUGGGGGUCCCCUCAUCAGGAGCAAGCCCAGCGAGCCUCCCCCUGGAGACAGGACCUCUCAAUUGCAGAGCUGAUGUCAGUAAAUCGUGGCCAUAGCUGAGCGAACUGGUGAAAUCAAGCCAACCUGGACACAUACGUUCCUCGUUCUUCUUAGAGGCCGUCUGCAUGUAGCAGAAAGGGCACCUAGGUCAAGUGCAACUAGAGCAGGAGCAUCCUAUGCCUUUGACAAAGAUUGCAGUGGCCCCUCGAAUGCAGAGGUCAUCCCAGGUGUUGCUGAGUUUAUUGAGCACACCUAGCCUGCUUGCUUACUGCUUAUAUUUGCUUAGGGAAGAGUAGGAAAAUAAAAUAUAUGCAAAUC